GAGCCACUCGUUUCAACCAGAUCUGACUCACAGCAUGUAGACACGUCUCAAUGGGUGACGCCCACUGAUCCAGUCCAUCACUGCACAUCCCCACCCCCUCACGCCUGCCCUCUUCUUUUCUCCUAAACGCCACCUCCCUCCACUUCAGUCACCAUGACUUCCACCAGCCAGCUGCUGGGUUUGGCUGAAGUGGGGCUGAAGUGUGACCAGGAGAUUGAGAGGAGAUAUGAGAUUGUCCCCUCGGUGGUCUGCUCCAUGUGCUGCCUCUUUGGAAUCAUCUACUGCUUCUUUGGCUAUCGAUGCUUCAAGGCCGUAUUGUUCCUCACAGGCCUAAUGUUUGGCUCUGUGGUCAUCUUCAUGCUGUGCUACAAGGAGAGGGUGAUGGACACUCAGCUGAGCGUAGAGGCGUCAGUGGGCAUCGGCCUGGGCAUCGGGACCCUGUGUGGCCUUGUGACCAUGUUGGUUCGCAGCGUGGGACUGUUUAUGGUGGGCCUACUGCUAGGCCUGCUGGUUGGAGUGGCUUCACUGGUGGUUAUGGAGGAGUUCUACCACCCCAGAACGGUAUGGGUCCCUCUGGGUGUUCUCCUGGGUUCUGGGACUCUAUUUGCCGUCCUCACUCUUCAAUGGCAGCGCUGCUUCGUCACCUUCUCCACUGCCACUUUCGGCUCUGCCAUCAUCACUGUCACUGUGGAUUACUUUAUAGAGCUGUUCGCCCUGGUACACUAUGUCUACGAGAGACUCAGGGUGGCACCAAAGAAGCCAGUGUGCUGGUUUACUUGGGUCAUCAUGGGUGUGUGGCCUGUCCUUGCCCUCCUCGGAGUGCUGAUCCAAUGGAAAGUCACUGCAGAGGGGUUUUCUCACACAGAGGUGGUUUUGAGUCGACAGCAACGGAGGGUCCAGCUCAUGCGGAUCCGGCAGCGGGAAGAGAGGCUGAAAAAGGAGAAGGAGAACAAGAAGAAGAAAAAACGAGACAUCCAGAAGACCAGCCACAAGCAGAAAGGCCACACCCAUCACCACCACCACCAGCAGUACCAUCACCCGGCCGCAUCCCACCCUCAUCACCAAGCCCAGAGCUCUCAGCCACCUAAAGUCCCUCCUCCUCAGACUGAACCCGGCUACCAUCGCAAGGCAAACCCUAAAAGACGCUUUGAUGGAGAUGUGCUGUCGCCAAGCUACAUCAGGAGCUUCAGGGACAGACAAACAGACAGACGAGCGUACUCCCACAGUCGAAUGAUGAGUCGCUCCCGGAUGGCCGAACUCGACUACGACUGCGGUUCUCGAGUGCCCCUCACAGCGCCCAGCGGACCUCCAGUUCGCAUCUGAGACAGAGAAAUGCACAACCCUAACAACACACACACAAUCACACAAGGCCACUUCAAACCUCUUUGUCACAGUUAGGGAUAGAGAGCCUAACCCUACUGUGCCAACCUAAUCAACUGCCUGUUAACACAGCAGGAACUCAAUACAUCCCAGUAAAGCGGUGAGUCCCACACUGGUUUUCUCUUCUCAGACCGUUAAAAGUUGUAUUUAUUUGGCCAGUUUGGUCCUGUUUUGUUCUUUAUGAAUGUCAAGAUACAAGAGCGGAGCCUUUUCUUCAGAAUGCAGCAAGAACUGAACAUGUGUCAUCAU